AUGGCCAUGAUCGCCCCCUGCGUGAGUUGCCGCCCCCAAAAGUUCCGACUCUUCGACCCCAAAUCCUCCACCACCUACAAAGACGCCCUCUACGGCUUCCCCGGCUGCACCGCCAUGGGGAAUAAAGGCUUCUGCGACGCCAACCGGGACAAGUGUUUGUACCUGAUUAGCUACGGCGACGGGUCCCACUCCACCUGCUCCGUGGGGUCAGAGACCUUCACCUUCCGCUCCACCUCGGGCGGGUUGAUUCGCUUCCCUAACGUCGUCUUCGGCUGCGGAACCGACAACUACGACAAAUUCCCCAACGACGGGUCGGGUAUUGUUGGGAUCGGAGUCGGGCCGGGCACGCUCCUCCCGCAAUUAGGGUAUGGCAAAUUCUCAUACUGCCUCAUCUCGCUAGAGGGAUCCAAGUACGAUGCCAGCACAUUGCAUUUCGGUUCCGACGCGGCGGUUUCCGGCUGGGGAGUGGUGUCGACGCCGAUGACGAAGCUUCGGAGCUUCUACUAUCUGACGAUGGAGGCGAUCAGCGUGGGGAGCCAGAGGUUUCCAUUCAUCAUCCCCAUUGGGGGAGCGAACAUCAUCAUUGACUCGGGGACGGCGCUGACGCUGCUUCCCAUCAACUUCUACGAUGAUUUGGAGACGGCGAUAGCCAACUCGAUCGAUCAGAGGCCGGUUCGGGAUCAUGGAGGGUGGCGGCUGUGUUACACGGAGGCGUUCGUCAUGCCCAAGGUCACGGUGCAUUUCAAAGGGGCGGAUGUGGAGUGGAAGCAGGAGAAUGUGUUUGUUAGAGUGGAUCAGGAUUAUGAGUGCUUGGCGUUGCAACCUCGUCAAACUAUUCCGAUUUUCGGUAGCGUUGCUCAGGUUAACUACAUGGUAGGUUAUGAUGUUACCAGGAACACGGUGUCGUUUAAGCCUACCGAAUGCGGGGCAUAG